GGAGCUGGCAAGACACACCACUGGUGGGGAGAGACCGAGCAGGAUUGAAGGCCCUGGGUGUUGGACGCCAGCCCUGUCCCGGCUGUCUCCUUGGUGAGGAGAACCAGCCUCUUGGCCAUGGGCGGCGCCGUGGUGGACGAGGGCCCCCCAGGCAUCAAGGCCCCUGAUGGGGGCUGGGGUUGGGCAGUGCUCUUUGGCUGCUUCGUCAUCACGGGCUUCUCCUACGCCUUCCCCAAAGCCGUCAGCGUCUUCUUCAAGGAGCUCAUUCGUGAGUUCGGGAUUGGCUACAGUGACACGGCCUGGAUCUCCUCCAUCCUGCUGGCCAUGCUGUACGGCACAGGCCCACUCUGUAGUGUGUGUGUGAACCGCUUUGGCUGCCGGCCCGUCAUGCUUGUGGGUGGCCUCUUUGCGUCCCUGGGCAUGGUGGCUGCGUCCUUCUGCACAAGCAUUAUACAGCUCUACCUCACCGCAGGCGUCCUUACUGGCUUGGGUCUGGCUCUCAACUUCCAGCCCUCCCUCAUCAUGCUCAACCGUUACUUCAGUAAGCGACGUCCCAUAGCCAACGGGCUGGCAGCAGCGGGCAGCCCAGUGUUCCUGUGUGCACUGUCCCCCCUGGGGCAGGUGCUGCAGGACCAUUACGGGUGGCGGGGUGGCUUCCUCAUUCUGGGUGGCCUGCUGCUCAACUGCUGUGUGUGUGCUGCGCUCAUGAGGCCCCUGGUGGCCCCCAAGUCGGGCGGGGGUCCCGGGCCCCAGCAGUCGUCCCGGCGGUUGCUGGACUUGAGUGUCUUCCGGGACCGCGGCUUUGUCAUCUAUGCGGUUGCUGCCUCCAUCAUGGUACUGGGCCUCUUCGUGCCACCUGUGUUUGUGGUGAGCUAUGCCAAGGACCUGGGAGUGCCCGACACAAAGGCUGCCUUCCUGCUCACCAUCCUGGGCUUCAUCGACAUCUUUGCGCGGCCGACCGCUGGCUUCAUCACAGGGCUCAAGAAGGUGCGGCCCUACUCUGUCUACCUUUUCAGCUUCGCCAUGUUCUUCAAUGGCUUCACUGACCUCACAGGCUCCACAGCCAGCAACUAUGGGGGCCUGGUAGUCUUUUGCAUCUUCUUCGGCAUCUCCUAUGGCAUGGUGGGUGCCCUGCAGUUUGAAGUGCUCAUGGCCAUUGUGGGCACCCACAAGUUCUCCAGCGCCAUCGGCCUGGUGCUGCUGAUGGAGGCCAUGGCUGUGCUUAUUGGACCCCCGUCGGGUGGCAAGCUGCUGGAUGCGACACACGUCUACAAGUACGUGUUCCUCCUGGCGGGGGCUGAGGUGCUCACUUCCUCCCUCGUGCUGCUGCUGGGCAACUUCUGCAUCGGGAGCAGGACUGAGGCAUCGAAGCCCGAGGCAGCGGCCCCAGAGGAGGAGAAGCUCCAGAAGCCCCCUGUGGAUGUGAGCGUGGACUCGAGGGAGGUGGAGCACUUCCUGAAGGCGGAGACUGAGAAAAACGGGGAGGCGGUUCACACCCCGGAAACCAGUGUAUGAGCAGCCUGGCUGGGGCCAGCGGGGCACAAGGGUCAAGAGUCAGACUGGCAGCGUGUAUUUAUUUCACAAACAGGA